AUGAGUCUAUAUGAAAUUUAUUAUGUCUCAAGUGAUAGCAAUUCUAAAGAAGCGCAUUUAAAAAAGCAACAAAAUAUUCUAAAGGAAGCAUUUGAAAAAUUAAGAAUUCAAGCAAAACAAGAACAGCAAGAGAUAUACAAAAAGCAAUCAACUUAUAAGCAACAGAUGAACUAUGUAAAUACGGAUUAUCAUCAUUUACUUCUUAACACUGAAAAGCACAGUGUCCCUUAUUGUCCUUUUACAGAUCUUUCUUUAUCAAAUUCUACAAUUACUUCUAAAUCUUCACUAAGAACACCUUCUUUAACCACUUCUUCAUCUUCUUCAGUUUAUAUGUCAGACAAUUCAAGUCAUAACUCAUUACAAACUAUUCAAGUUAUACCUACUACCAAGAGUGAAACUUCCAAACUAACUGAAAGGGAUAAUUAUGGAUUUAAAAGACCUCUGCAAUGGGUUGAUUCUGAUGUAUUAUACGAGUUUGAGCAAAGAUAUAAAAUUACAAUUCAAAAACAAAUAAAGACCUGGAAUAGAUUACUUGCUAAUAACAGCCAUCAAUGGCCAGUAAUAUGUCCACAACUCAAAAGGUAUGCAAGAAAAGGUAUCCCGCCGAAGAUGAGGCCAAAGGCCUGGAUGCAUUAUAGUGGAGCAGAGGAAAAGAUGAAUAAAAAUCCAGAACUCUACUUUAACUUAUUACAAAAAGCAAGGGACACAAGCCAUUGCAAAGAUGCCAUUAAAAAGGAUAUCCAUCGUACUUUCCCGGAUAAUUAUUCUUUUGAUACAGAUGCAUUAUACCGUGUGCUUUUGGCCUUUAGUGUUCAUUCCCCCUCGAUAGGCUACUGUCAAUCACUCAACUUUGUAGCUGGAUUUCUUUUACUUGUAAUGGAAGAAGAGCAGCAAGCAUUUUGGAUAUUGGUUACUAUCGUUCAAGACUAUUUUCCUGAAAAGAUAUUUGAUGUAACUAUGGAAGGGGGUCGAAUUGAACAAAGUACGUUGAUGCUGAUGAUUUACGAAAAGAUGCCGGCUGUUUGGGCAAAAUUGAGUCAUACAUCUUUCUGGGAUUGUAGAGAUGAACUACCUCCUAUUACAUUAUUAACAACGCAUUGGUUUUUAACCCUUUUUGUUAAUAUUUUGCCGGUUGAAACAGUCAUGAGGAUUUGGGAUUGCUUUUUUGUAGGAGAAGGAUUUAAAGUACUUUAUCAAGUCACUUUUACUCUUUUAAAGCUAAACGAACAACGUAUUUCAAAGGCAGAAGACUCUGUAGAAACAUUUCAAAUACUUCAAAAUAUGCCAAAAAGAAUGAUUGAUUGUGAUAAAUUCAUAAAGUGCAUAUUUUCUGGUGACAAUGAUAUAGCAUCAAGGUUAACAGUUGAAGAGAUUAAUAGUAAAAGAAAUAUAUUUAAGAAUAGGCUUAGUAAAUAG